AACUUCGCGACACUUCAAUUGCGACACUUUGAACAAAACUGUCGCAAUGUGAUUUUUUAAAACUAUUUGCAACGGUGUCUACGACGGUUUCUAUAACCGUUGCAAUGUUUUGUUGUCUAUGGGGGGAAAUUUUCAUCUUGGCGCCUUGCCAAAAUGUAAUCCCUUUGUUUCCUUAAAAAAAAAAAAUUAAAAAUUAGAACCCUCACUCAGACAAAACACUGUCAAACACAUAAAACACGCUAAAAAAAAUUGAAAAACAAAACCAUCACCAGAAUUCAUCUCCCUUGUUAUCGUCGUACACCGCCGUUUCCAUCACCACUGUUCUUCACCUCCGUUUCCUUCACCGACCAUGACCCUAAAUCAUCUAUUCAUCGCAGAUUCCAAUCACAAUCCUAAUCCCUAACUCCUUUUCUUCAUCAACCCUAACCCCUAAAUCAAUUUCUUCAUUCCCUAAUUUGCUAAAUCCCCCUAAAUCGCAAGUGUUCAGAAGAGUUUGUUUUUCAUCUAAGGUUCAGUUUCAUUGCUCUCAACUCUCCGUUAAGAAGAGUUUGUUCGUUGCUCCAUCUCAGUUUAUAGCAAUGGAUAAGUCAUGGAUUAUGAAGCCACGAGGAUCGGAUGCAUAUGAGCUAGGUGUAAUGGAAUUUAUUAAAUUCGCCUUUAAAGAUAAACCGGAAAAUAUUGAACUAAUAUGCCCUUGUAAACAUUGUGGUUUCAAAAAACCGCAAAGUAUGAGUGUAAUGUCCGACCACUUAUCGUGGUCAGCAUUUCCAAAGGAAUACACCAUUUGGCUGCACCAUGGUGAAACCGUAGGAAAAACUAGUACUAUUCCAAAUAUAGGCCAAGACACUAUAGUUGUUGAAGAUCCUAUUCAAAACAUGAUCAAUGACGCAUUUGGAAUAGAUAGGGAUAAGACAAACGAAGUACCCGUUGCAUUAAAUGUAGAGAUUGACCGAGAUGAAGUUGUGAUGCCAACUGAAACUCAAGAAAGGAAUGAAGCCAAAGAGUUCUAUGAAUUAACUAGAGAAGGAGAAGAACCCUUGUAUGAAGGGUGUACAAAAUAUUGCAACGAAAUGGAGGAAUGCCAAAUCUCGAUUAUUUAAAAAAUAUUACAAAUGGGAUCUGACAUUGGAGGAAAAUCUUCGAAAUUAUCCACGUUGUAUCGACCGAGAUAAUUGGGCUGUUUUUGUCCAAUAUAGGCGUAAGCCGAAAACAUUGGUAAUAAUUCUUACGCGUUUAACUUCCUUUGUCCAAUUGGGCUGCUUUUUAUCAUGUGUUCACUAUCGUUAUUUUUUUUUGUUACACUGUCAUGAUUUGUUAUCAAUGCAGGAGAUGACACGAAAAAAUGCAGCAAAUCGAGCAAAGCUAAAGUUGAAUCAUUCACUAGGGACCAAGUCGAUAGCAAGGACACAACAAGAGUUGGAAAAAAGAGAUGGUCGAAAAUAUAGUAGGGGAGAGAUGUUUGCAGUUAGUCAUAAAAAGUCUGAUGGGUCAUUUGUCAUUGAUGAGGCUAAGAAAAAAAAUGACCAAUUACAAGCUGAAAUUGCAAAGACACAUUCAGAGAAUGAAGCAUUUGUGAAUGUCUUUGGAAAAGAACAUGGCGGAUUUGCUCGUAGUAUGGGACUUGAGGUAACACCAUCUCAGCUCACUAUUACUUGCUCGGCAAGAUUGACAUCUUCCUCUGAGGAUAAUGAGAAGAUGAAAAAAAUGCAAGCUGAAAUUGAUUCGCUUACGGAGAAGGCUUCACAAGUUGAUAUCUUGAAGGAGCAGGUUGCAUUCUUAAUGCAAAUGCAUAAUUCUAAGGAUAAUCAGGUAACUAAAUGAGACAAGUAAAGAGAUGGUAGACAUUUUGAGUCAAGAGCUAACACUAAUUAAGGAAUCAUGAAGCAACAUCACAUACUAUAGGAAAUAUUUAGAUAUUUUGUGAACUUCUUAUUUUGAUGUAAUGCUUAUGUUUAGUCACUCUACUAAUAUUUAUGUUUUUGAAUGUUUGAACUACAUUAGUUUUAUUUAUUUUGGAAUUUCUAGUACUUUAAUUAAAUUUUUGAUGUAAGGAUGUUGUCACUAUUUGAAUGAAUUAUAUGAAUGAGAUCAAGUAAUUUAUAUUUA